UGUCCCCCUUGUGUCCCCAUCUGUCCCUCCAUGCUCACCCUGUGUGUCUCCACAGUCCCUGAAGCGGAUCAAGCGCUCAGACCGUCGCGGGGCCGAGUCGGUGACAGAGGAGAAGUUCACCAUCCUCUUUGAGUCGCAGUUCAGUGUUGGUGGCAACGAGCUGGUCUUCCAGGUGAAGACGCUGUCCCUGCCCGUGGUGGUGAUCGUGCACGGAAGCCAGGACAACAAUGCCACGGCCACCGUGCUCUGGGACAACGCCUUUGCCGAGCCUGGCCGUGUGCCCUUUGCUGUCCCUGACAAGGUGCAGUGGCCGCAGCUCUGUGAGGCGCUCAACAUGAAGUUCAAGGCGGAGGUGCAGAGCAGCCGUGGGCUGACCAAGGAGAACUUGGUGUUCCUGGCACAGAAGCUCUUCAACAGCACCAGCUCCCACCUGGAGGACUACAGCAGCACCACAGUGUCCUGGUCCCAGUUCAACCGGGAAAACCUGCCCGGGAGGAAUUACACCUUCUGGCAGUGGUUUGACGGGGUCAUGGAGGUGCUGAAGAAGCAUCUGAAGCCACACUGGAAUGACGGGGCCAUCCUGGGCUUCGUCAACAAGCAGCAGGCGCACGACCUGCUCAUCAACAAGCCCGACGGGACCUUCCUCCUGCGGUUCAGUGACUCGGAGAUCGGCGGCAUCACCAUCGCAUGGAAGUUUGACUCCUCUGAGAGGAUGUUCUGGAACCUGAUGCCUUUCACCACCAGGGAUUUCUCCAUCCGCUCCCUGGCCGACCGCCUCGGGGACCUCAGUUACCUCAUCUACGUGUUCCCCGACCGGCCCAAGGAUGAGGUCUUCUCCAAGUACUACACGCCGGUUCUCUGUGAGUCCACGCCAGCUAAAGCCGUGGAUGGAUACGUGAAGCCACAGAUCAAGCAAGUGGUGCCAGAGUAA